AUGCCCGUUGACUAUAGCAAAUGGGACGCUCUCGAGCUGUCUGACGACUCCGACAUCGAAGUCCAUCCCAAUGUCGACAAGCGUUCCUUCAUCCGCGCAAAGCAGAAUCAGAUCCACCAACAGCGUGUCGAUCGCAAACACCAGAUCGAGACCCUCAAGUACGAGAAGAUCAUCAACGAUGGCCUGAUCAAGCGCAUAGACGACCUGCUCGACUCUCUGCAGUCCUUCAAACAAGAGGCCGAACAGGCUCAGUCAGGCUUCGAACGUUACAUCUUCCAAGCCCUCAUCAAGAGCACCGGCUCUCCUGACAAGGAUACCCCUCCACCCCCACCAGGCGGUGUCCACGCAAAUGUCCAAGACCCUCCACGUUACAGCAAGAUGAUGGCUGCUCUGGUCGAUCAGGCUAAGCAGGCCGUAGACGAGGCCAAGCCUGCCCCAUCAGCAUACUACGCUGCCUUCAUCACCGAAGUCACCUCACACAAGACAAAGAUCCAGGACCUGCAAGUCCAGCUACUGGAGAAGCUUGCUGAGCUCGAAAAGGAGGAAAAGGCAAAGAUCACCAGCGAAACUUACCGCACCGGCUUCGAUAGCUCUCACGUUUCCAAACCUUCAACCAAGCCCGCCCCCAGCAAGGCCUCGUCAGGUCCGGAACUUCUCAACCCUUCGCGUCCUUCGAUUCAGCAUACCGAAACUGGUCAGUCGUCUGGUGCUGAUGCCGAUAUCGAGGACGAAUCGAUUGUCACAAAACCCACUGCCAGUCUGGAUAGCGACGAUGAGGACAUGGAGGCCUCGCCCCUAGCAAAAAAGUUUGCCAAAAUCAGAGCUGGUGACUACCGCUCUUCUCUGGAAUUCAUCUCAAACAAUACCGAAGUCAUGGCCGAGAAAGAGACGGACGGCUUACUGGUCGAGGCUUUCAAUGCUCAGAGUGAUGGCAAAGACGACUACGCCAGACAGUGUGUCCAUCAAGCUCUGUUACUGCAGUACUGCAGGCAGCUCGGUCGCGACGGAGUACAGCUGUUCUUCAAGCGCGUUACUACACAGGGUCACCAAGCACAGAAGCUGUUCAUGGACGACGUCAACACAACAUAUGCCAGAAUCAGAUCUCGUACAAGAGAACUUGCCGAGCAGCGCAAGCGUGACGAAGCAGAGGGUACUGGUGGUGUCGAGCAGAUUCAGUUGCAUGCAGUCGACCCAAACACAACCAUCAACAUUGUUGUACCGCCCGCCGAUUCCACAGACGAAGAUGCCAAGGAGGCUCGUGCCGUCUUUGAGACCUUCCCUCCAGGCCUCCAACGCGCGCUCGAAAGUGGAAGCUUAGACAGGGUUAAUGAAGUCUUGGGCAAGAUGAGCGUCGACGAGGCCGAGCAAGUUGUGGCACAGCUCGGCGAAGGUGGUAUGCUGAGCUUGGAAGAGGGUGUGAUUGAUGCAACGACCGAAGAGGGCAGAAAGCAGAUGGAGGAGAUUGAGCGCUCUGGUAAGAUGCCUCACGAUCAGGAAGGACGCGUGAUUGCAGAGAUUGAGGAUCCAGGUAUGGAUUGA